AUGAGUAUAACUCUUGGUUAUUCCAACGAAGAGAGCCCACCUGGCAUGCAAAACGAUGCCAGUUUCCGGGCCUUGCAGUACUUCCACGCUGCUACCGCCCGCACGCUUGGUGGUAGUGCCAUAGCACAGGUGAUCGAAGCAAUUGUCCGAAAGACUGCGGGAACUACACCUUAUCUUCUACACAUGGUUCUUGCCGUCUCGACAGCUCAUUUCAGACGCCUGACAUCAGCACAUAGAAGUUCGAAGAAUUUGCGGUGCCUUAGAAUCACAGAAGCAGUGCACUGGCAGAAGGGGCUGCAGCUCUACCAGAAGAGACUCUCUCUCGCCGCAUUCGGCCACGAAUUCGACUCGAUAGUCGCGACAACAUUUCUUGCCAUUCUCUUCACAUUCGCAAUGGAUGACGAGGUGCCUUCCGAUGCCUAUACCGCAUCCGAUGCCAGGUCCCGAUCCCUUUCAUUCGGCCCAUGGGUAGCCAUCACAGGGUUUCGGGCUCUGAAUUGCGUUCGUGGAGCACUGAGCCCAGAAUCUGCGUUCUCACCAAUAGUAAAUUGGACUCAUGAUGUCAAUGAGACUCUUGAGACCGUCUCGGGUGUCGAAGGCAUACCAGCGGCGUUUACGGAGCUUUGUGAGCUCACUCCAUCUUCAAACGAGUCGAACAACCCCUAUUGCAGAAUUUUACAUCUUCUCGCACCAUUGCUGCAGAUAGAAAACAAGGCUGAGAACACGACGAAAUUGCUGGCAUUCAUCGGUCGAACAUGGGUGAACCUGCGACCCUUGCUGGCGCAGAAGGACACUCGGGCGCUGCUCCUGCUGUCAUGGUGGCUGGUAUUACUGGAACAUGUAAAUCAGUGGUGGGUGGUCACAAGGGCUAGGACGGAACGCAAAGCAAUCGUGGAACACUUGUCGACGUGUUCGGACCCAAGGGUACAAGCCCUACUAGUGUGGCCAGCUUCUCAUGGCUCUGUCGAUUGCUCUUGGAUCUGGACAUAA